GCUGGUCUCCCGUAUAACAGCAUCCAUGACCUGCGAUUAGGACAGGCGUUUGCGUCUGGCCCAGCCGCCCAGGCAUGUGUGGACUAUGGCGCUACGGGCCCGUGGACGUUAUGGAUGGCUACAAUCAGCUGCGUCAUGGCUUCAUCUCCGAUAUCAUCCCAUGCCGCGAUGCAGAUAUCCUGUGCGUAGUGAAUUUCGGCCACCCCUACCCCGAUACCGUCAUCUCCAUCUCCCGCUGCCUGGAAUGCGUGCAUACCCAUUUCACCGUAGGUAGUCGCGUGAUGACACUGUACCAGUCUUCGCCGCAGGAUCCCUGGAGCUGGCAUCCCGCCACCGUCCUGGCUGGCAAUCUGCGGGUGUACGCCUUGGUGGAGAUUGACGUGGCGGGGCAGCGGGUGCGGGAGGUGGUGAGUGUGGCGCGUAUACGGACCACAGCAGCGCGCACACCCCUGGAGAAACGACAGGCCUUUGUACGCCGCUGGGUGGCGAUGCCGCACGAUGGGGAUCUGUGCGAUGUGACGUACAGGAAAGAGUUCUGGCCGCUGUGGAAUCGCACCAGUGGGACCAUGGGCGGAUGGUUUGAGGGAAUCAUACCUGGCUGAUCUAUUAUAUACCUGCGCACAAUGAGGAUAUGAGCAUGAAAAGUGCGGAGUGUGAACACCACUUGCGUUGUGUCAAGGAACUGCUGGAUGUAUCCGAUCGUUCGCUGCGUCAUCGGAUGUACAUGUCGGUGUCUUCGUCGUUAAACGAACUCCAUCUGCAGUCUCCGGACGUCGCUCCCUUCACUCCCGAAACGUCUUCCGCAUCUCCCAUAACCAGCAUACCCCGGAAAUACUCAUCCGCAUCUUCCACAACUAUCUGACGGCUGACGACAAUCUGCGUUCGCGGCCCGUCUGCCGCUUAUGGAACCACAUCCUGACCUCCCCGCAAAUAUCGUCCCGUGUCCACAUCGACUGUACCGACUGCGGUGAGCUCAAAUUGGCCACGCUGCUCUUCAAGAUGGUCACCAGUGCCACGCGCAUCCUGCGGAUCACCGGCAAGGAUCGCCCGUUCCGCUGGGCACCCUGCCCACCAUGCUCGCGGCCAUGGGUAUGAAAAUCCCGGUUAUUGUGUUGAAGCGGGUCGGUGUCGCGGCGGAGGACAUCCUGGACGUCUCGCAUCCGGAUGCGCUGUGUUUGAGUGCAGCGUGGAAAGGAGUGUGUGGGAAAUUGAUCCUCGAGGAUGUGGCUUGGAAGUGUGAUUUUAUUCCCAAGGAUUUACUGGUGGUUGAUUCGCUGGUUAGCGGAGUGGUGGAUGAUGGGAAGACAGCAGUGCGUCAAGCCUAUCCUCGAGGACAGCCACGCUUUACCACGCUGUACCCACAGCCCGAUCACCAGCAUGUUUGGACCGUGGCGCUACGGGUCUGUUGACUAUAUCGAUGACCACGAUCAGCUGCGCCAUGCCACCAUCUCCGAUGUCAUCCCCUCCCGUGAUGAAGGUCUGCAGUGCGUACUGAACUGCGGCCAUCCCUACCCCGCCACCGUCAUCCCCAUCGCACGCUGCCUGGAAUGCGUCCAUACCCAGUUCGCCAUGGGCAGUCGUGUCAUGAUGCUGUAUCAGUCUUCCCCACAGGAUCCGUGGUGCUGGCAUUCUGCGACUGUACUGGCUGGCGAUCCGCGAGUGUGCGCCUAUGUGGAGUUGGACAAUUUGGGGGGUCAGGGGUACGGGAGGUGAUCAGUGUGGCGCGCCUGCGCACUUUCGCGCCCCGUACCCCCUGGAGAAGAACCCAGCCUUUGAGAAAUGCUGGGUGAUGCUGCCGCGCGAUGAGGAUUUGCGCGUGGUGACGUAUCGGAAAGAGUUCUGGCCGCUGUGGAAUCGCAAGAGUGGGACGUUGGGCGGAUGGUUUGACGAUGAGGAUGAGCAUCAGUGGCUGGUAUAUUAUAUGCCUGCGCAGUAUGAGCCUAUGGAGACGUCUGACUGCGAACUCCACCUGCGCCGUAUCAAGGAAUGGAUAGAUGCAUCCGAUCGCGAGCUUCGCCACCGGAUGUUCCUGUCGACAACUUCCCCGUCCAAAAACGCCAGAUCACAAUCUCCGGAAGUGAAACUCGAAAUGUCCACCGAAUUAUCCAUAACCGGCAUCCCCUCGGACAUCCUCAUUUACAUUUUCAACGAUUAUCUCACCGCGGAGGACAACCUCCGUUCGCGUCGCGCCUGUAAAUUGUGGAACGACACCUUAUCCUCCCAGCCGGCAUCGUCCCGCGUCAUCGACUGCAUCGACGGCGGCGAGAUCAAGCUAGCCAAGUUAAUGCUCAAGAUGGUCAGCAGUGCCACGCACAUCCUCUUCGUCACCGGAAACGCAACCCCCGCCCCACUGCGCACCCUGCCCACCAUGCUCGUGGCCAUGAAUUUGAAAAUCUCGGUUAUUUUUUUGAAGAAUUUCGUCGUAGCGGAUGAGGAUAUUCUGCGUUGGUCGGCAUCCCGUGGAGUGCGUUUAAAUGAAGCGUUUAGACGAGUGUGCGACAAAGUGAUGCUGAAGGAUGCCGGUGGGCUGCGAGCGUCGCUGAAGUAUUUCGAUUGCAAGGGUUUAAAGAUGGACGGUUCGCUGGUGAGCGGAGUGGUGGGUGUGUCAUGGGAGACGGACGAGAACUUCGUACAGUGCGGUGAUCCUGUUUAGGAAGAAUUCGGCUUGCUGAUGUUCCUUAUUUUGGAUAUUUCCAGUUCAGGACAUUUUAUUUUUAGUGUUUUAUUUUUUAUUAAGUAUUUUAAUACUGCAGCAUAUCUUGAUAUUUUAGUGAUUACUGUGUGAAUCUUUACUGAGAAAAUUACGAUUUACGAAUAACUGCCGAUAUAGUUAUUAGUAAUUAUACGCUGUUAAAUUCAUUGUUGAAUUUUUCGUUGCCGUUUAUGCUUGUUCAGACAGGUUGUUGGAUCUUGUUGAAUUUAAUCUCUUGUUGCUUUUGGUCUCUACGUAUUGUAUUUUUUUGCACGGAGACAUUUUGCAUGAUAACUGCGGGA